AUGGCGGAUAGCACAAUGCAGUCAAUAAUGAUACAACACAGUGGAAGAUGGGACGCAUCAGGUCGAUAUGUAGAAUUCAAAAUUGAAGGAAUCCAGUACGAUUCAAAUUCGAACUAUAAUGGAUUGAUUUCUACAAUUGCUGCUCAACUGGGGAUAGAUACCACCGUCCAAACCAUAAUGAUUAAAUACAUUGCUAGUGACCGAUGCCCACCAAUGAUCAUACACAACGACAUGGGUGUUUGGGUAUAUUUAGAUAAAAAAAAAAAAAAGUACAAAGAUUUCUUCAGUAGGUUUCCUUUAAGUAUCACAUUGGAGGAUAGUGAAAUGGAGGGAAUUGAAUUCCAUCAUGAUGGUGAAAGUAGUUCCAGUUCAAUAAAUUGGGGUCGAGAAAUUCAAUCUUCAUACAUGGGAAAUAUUAUUGAACAGAUUGAUAUGGCUUCAAGUGAACAUAUUGAGUUGUUGGAUAGUUGUGAAACUGAAAUAAUAAGCGACCCUCGACAUGAAUUUGUUGUGGAAAAACAGAUUUACAAGGAUAAAGAAACACUCAAUGCAGUUAUGAGGCAAUAUGCCUUUAUGAAGCAGUUUCAAUUUCGGGUGAAAAGGUCUGGUACAAAAAGCUAUCAUCUCGUAUGCCCUGGUGACAAUUGUUCAUGGUGUUUAAAGGCCUCAAGUCUAAAUGAGUCAAGGCUUUUCAAGAUUAGGAAUUUCUGUGAUGUGCACACAUGCUUGUUAAAGGAUAGAAUUUAUGAACAACGUCAAGCAACUUCCAAUGUCGUCAACAUUAUUAUAAUGGAUAAGUAUGAAGAUCCAAAAACAAUAUACACACCCAAGGAUAUAUCUAGGGACAUGAGGAAACAACAUGGUGUAACAUUGACCUACAUGCAAGCUUAUAGAGCGAAGCAAAAGGCAAUGAUUAUGUUACGAGGGGAUCCCACCGACUCGUACAGUAAAAUUCCAGCCUACUUAUACAUUUUACAGAAGACAUAUCCGGGAUCGGUUGUAAGAUUGGAAAAAACAGAGGAAGACCGUUUCUUGUAUACCUUUGUAGCACUGGAAGCUUGUAUUAGAGGAUGGGAGUAUUGCAGACCUAUAGUGGUGGUUGAUGGAACCCAUCUUAAAUCAACUUACAAGGGGACUAUGCUAAUUGCUUGUACAUUGGAUCCAGGAGGUAGUAUACUGCCGCUUGCAUAUGGUAUAGUUGAUUCCGAAAAUGAUUCAUCUUGGACAUGGUUCUUUGAGCGGUUCAGGGAUGCUUUUGGUGAGAGGGAGAACAUGUGCUUUGUGUCGGACAGGCAUGAAAGUAUAUGGAAUGCGAGUGCAGCAGUGUACCCUAGGCUGCCUCAUUAUGCCUGUAUUUGGCAUUUGUGGAACAAUUUAAUUAAGCAAUGCCACAGAAACAAAGAGCAAAUGAGGAAAUUAUACUAUGCAAUGGCUAAGGCAUACACCCUCUAA